GCGCGCGGCGGCGGCAGCGGCGGCGGCGGCGGCGGCGCGGGGAGCGGGGAGCGGCGGGCGCCGCGGUCGGAGCGGGCGCGCGCGGCAGCAUGGAGGAGCUGAGCAGCGUGGGCGAGCAGGUCUUCGCCGCCGAGUGCAUCCUGAGCAAGCGGCUCCGCAAGGGCAAGCUGGAGUACCUGGUCAAGUGGCGCGGCUGGUCCUCCAAACACAACAGCUGGGAGCCAGAGGAAAACAUCCUGGACCCGAGGCUGCUCCUGGCCUUCCAGAAGAAGGAACACGAGAAGGAGGUGCAGAACCGGAAGCGAGGCAAGCGGCCGAGGGGCAGGCCCAGGAAGCACACGGUGAUGUCCUGUAGCCGGCACUCCAAGCUCAAGGAACCCGACGCCCCCUCCAAGUCCAGCACUUCCACAUCUUCGUCCACGUCUUCCUCCACGUCCUCGGACGAAGACGAAGACAGCGACUUAGACGCCAAGAGGGGUCCCCGGGGCCGCGAGACCCACCCAGUGCCUCAGAAGAAGGCCCAGAUCUUGGUGGCCAAGCCUGAGUUGAAGGACCCCGUCCGGAAGAAGCGAGGCCGCAAGCCCUUGCCCCCGGAGCAGAAGGCGGCCCGGAGACCCGUGAGCCUGGCCAAGGUGCUGAAAACCGCCCGGAAGGACCUGGGGACGCCGGCCGGCAAGCUGCCCCCGCCGCUCAGCGCCCCCGUGGCGGGCCUGGCGGCCCUGAAGGCCCACGCCAAGGAGGCCUGCGGUGGCCCCGGCGCCGUGGCCAGCCCGGAGAACCUGGCCAGCCUCAUGAAGGGCAUGGCUGGCAGUCCCAGCCGGGGUGGCAUCAGCUGGCAGAGCUCCAUUGUGCACUACAUGAACCGAAUGAGCCAGAGCCAGGCCCAGGCCGCCAGCAGACUGGCGCUCAAGGCCCAGAGCACCAGCAAGUGCGGCCUCGGGCUGGACCUCAAGGUGAGGACGCAGAAGGGGGAACUGGGGAUGAGCCCCCCGGGAAGCAAAGCCCCAAAGGCCCCCGGCAGCGGGACUGUGGAGCAGAAAGGAGGGAGUGCGGGGGGGCCCCCCUACGUCCACAGCGGUGGCAAGGCCCCUGCCGGGUGCCUGGGCCCCCAGCCCGCACCCGCCCAGGAGCUGAGCCCCCAGGUCUUGGACUUACAGAGUGUCAAGAACGGCACACCAGGGGUGGGUGCGGUUGCCCGCCAUGCUGCGGCCACCAAGGGCGUCCCUGCCACCAACCCGGCCACUGGGAAGAGCGCCGGGGGCGCCCCCCCCGGGGGGAGUGGGGCCAGCGUGUCCUGCGACACCAACAAGAGUGAGAAGCUGGCUUCUAGGGGGGCCGCUCUGCCCACCCCUGCAGGCAAGAGGGACUGUGUCAAAGGCAGCUCGGGCCCCGGUGGGCAGGAGGGCCACACGGGCCCCGGAGAAGUGCGCAAGGCGGCCUUGCCGUCCGAGGUGAGCACCGGAGAGGAGAACAGCAGUUCCGACUCCGACCCCGACCCGGCCUCCCCGCCCGGCGCUGGACAGAACCUGUCUGUGUCUGUCCAGACCAGCCAGGACUGGAAGCCCACCCGCAGCCUCAUCGAGCACGUCUUUGUCACCGAUGUCACCGCCAACCUCAUCACGGUCACGGUGAAGGAGUCCCCCACCAGCGUGGGCUUCUUCAACCUGAGACAUUACUGAUGCCCCGUAGCCGCCUGGCUGCCCGGCUCUUGCCUGCCCUUCUCUGGCCUCUGGCUUCGCUUUGAUGAUGGCCCUGUACCCCGGGCCCUCCCCAGGGUCCGGGUAGCCUCCUUCAAGGGCGGGCUUGGAGGGGACUCCCCGAGGCCCUGCCUGUGGCUUCAGGCAGGGUCAUACCGUGAUGCCUUGCCAAGGCCUGGCCUUGCCCUCGUUUCUACCUCUGGGCCUCUGCUUUCACUUCCCAUAUGCCUCAGGAAGUCUGCCUCCCGGGUCUCUGGCUGAACGUUUCUCAAGGCCGUCCCCUGUUGGCUGUUGGAACUGCUCUCCCUGGCUUGUGAUGACAGAGUAGUGGUCAGCUGUCCUCUGGAUUUCCCAGGGGCGCAGCUGUUAGAGGAGAGAUCCUUCUUGGUCGUUCCUGCCCGGCGGUGAAGAACGUGUACUGGGAAGUUGGGGUGGGGGGGGGGGGUCAGGCCUUGAAGGACGGUGUGCGGGCUCAGCUAGGUUUUUAGAAGAUGGGCCGUGGGCCAGGUAAGGGACCUCACCAGUCAGGACUCCCCUCAGUGCCUGAGCUGCCAAGGACUAGGGGUCUGCCUGCCUCCCUGUCCCUGCCCCCAUGUUGACACCAGAGGGCCGUGGCCUGAAUGUAGGCUGGCUGUAGCCAUGCUUGGGAGCCCUGCAGACCUCCCUUGGUGCCCUGUAAGCCUGGUUCAGGUUAACGCCUGCAGCACCGAAAUGUCUUAGAAGUCAGAUCUGGGAGGGGUCCGUCUCGUAGCUGUUUGAUCUAGAGCCUCCCCAUCAUGGGGAGAAGCAGAAGGGUGUCUCUGGCUGCCCUCCUUUCUGCCGUUCGUGCCAGGACAGCCGUGGUCCCACAGAGGGCCCCUGAGAGCCCCUGGAAGGUGGGAGUGUGGGCAGGUGCUUAGCCCAGUUCCCUCCCGCGGCAGCCUCUCCCCCCGGGUGGACCCCCCCCCCCCCCCCGCUCCCUGACAAUCCCUCCCGCCUUUGGGGGUUCCGUGCGCUCCCUCCCAGCUGCAAGGCUGUACCCUCGGGCCAUUUGGAAGUGUGGCACAAUCUGGGCGCCCCACCUGUUGGAGGGCCCCCAGGAAAGGGCAGAUCUGCCUGCCCAACUGCCUGUCCCCAGACAGCCAAGUCUGGGAGCGGUCUUGUGUGGCCUGUGGCAGAAAGGUGGGUCAAGGAGUGGGGACACUGGGUCUUUGUGAUGCCAAAAGAAAAGUGGAGGUGUGGGUCCUCCUCUGCCUCGGCUGUCAGUGACAGUGACAGCCAGCCAGCAGGUGUGGGCACGCCCUCUGUCCUGUUGCCUUGAUCACAGGGGAGCCCAGACUUACACAGCGGGCUCUGCUCUCUGAGGGGCGCGCCUGCCAGACCUCCAGCCCCCUAGUCCCUCACCCUGCACGCCAAAUAGAAAGAUGGCUUUUGUGAACCUGAAUCCAUUUCAACAGUGUGCCUUUGGGGACAGACACGUGUCCAGGACCUCGUCAAGGGGCAUCCAGAUGUAGUUUCCAGGUUUCCUGCGCAGUAGCUGUGCUGGGCUGCGGCAGGGAGGGGUGCCCAUCUUGGCAGAUCCGGAGGGCUGGGGGUCCCAGACAGCCAGGCUAAACGCUGGAAAGUGGAAGGAAGGGAUCGCGGCUCACACUGCACGGUCUGGAAGAAAGGGGUCCCGGCACACUGGGCCACUGGCACCAGCUCCCUCUCCGGUUCCCAGGCACCCACGUGCUCCCCGGCUGUGAAGAGAGGGCUCCCCCUCAGGGGGGCUGACCGUCUCCUGGUUUUUCAGCUCCUUUUGUGCCAGGCACAGUGCUGCCUUAGAGGCUGAAAAGCCAGGCCAGCCGCGGCUCCCCAGGCCUUUGGGACAGCCCGGGCUUCCGUGAGCUGUCGGACCAGCGUGUGUCUGCACCAAACCCCGAUGUGGUGCCUUUCUGUUUACCAGCUACUAUAAUCCCAAAGUCGAAUCUGCAAACACCUUACUCCCAGCCACUUUGCCUUGCUGUGUUGUGUGGUUUUCAUUCUGGUGCUUCUGACUCCACGUGGUUCAUGUUUAAAAGGGUGUGUGCGCGCGUGCACGCGCGUGUGUGUGUGCCCACGCGUGCAGGCAUGACUGCCUUCACUGAAGAGUUGACCGUCACGUUUACCAAUAAAAGUAGUACUUUUUUAUUUGCUGCUAUGUGUACAUGUGUGUGCUGUGCGUGUGGGUGGGCGGGUGUGUGUGUGGCUGGGCAUCCGUCGGUUACGUCUGGUUCGAGACCCCUUGUUUCUUUAAUCUGCGGGGCCUUCUACGUGGGCCGCAUCACAGUGUAUGCGGAGUGGGUGUUUUAAUACUGUCGUGUCUUUCUUUGCUCGUAACGGAUAGGAAGGAGUACCCAGUCUGUCCUCUUAAGAGGAUUUGACCUAUUUUUAUAUAUAUUUUUUGGUACCAAAAAGAGCGUUCCUUGUUUCGGUGACGCUCAAAAUUCUGACCUGGGCCUAGAGGUUUCAUUAGGGGGAGAUGGGAAGGACCAGAGCUUUGGACCAGUGCCAAUUGCUGGCUUGAUUUGUGUUUUUUAAUUAAAAAAAGAAAUUCAUGUAUGCCACUCCUGAUUGCUUUAAACUAUGGCUGUUCGCUUUUUUAAAAGGACAAAAGUGAGUAGGUUAUGGCCCUGGGAAGCUGAAGAUCUUUGUUGAAAUCAGAGCAGCCCGGCCCCCAUAUUCAAUCAGGACCUACCAGUUAGAGAGAAUGCUUCCCCCAGGAAGCCCACAGUGGUUUGGGGGGAGGGGUGGGAGGAGGGGCAGAGUAGUGUGCCUAGAUGACCAGAUCUUUUGCUCAAGUACAUCUAAAGAUUCUGUUGCUUUUCUAGUAUUUUUGGAGAACUAACACUAGGCAUACGUCGCAGGUUUUUGGUUUUUUGGGGUUUUUUGACGUUAAUUUAUUUUGCAGGGGAAAGACAUUAGUGAAUGGUGUCAGGUUUUUGUCUUACUUUCUGUUAAUUUUUAGUAUAUCAAUAAAUACUGUUUUUCACUUGUC